CCCGCGACAUUUCUGAGGACAACACCUCCCAGCAGGCCCCGCGGCCUCACUCAACUUCCGUCCAGAACGCACGUGCGUUUCCUGUGUGAAGGUGAGGCGUGGGCCAGGUUCCCCGGAAGACUCAGCUCCAUUGCGCAGCGCUACGGCGACCUGCAACUCUGGAACUCGGCUGGAUGCUGAGAGUUGCCAGAGCAGCCGUUUCGGGUGGGCCCGGGCGAGGGGCAGACAGGAAUCGGCGUGGGUCCCGCGCUGGACUACAUUUCCCAGAGGGCCUGGUGGCCGUUCACUUUUCUCGCAGAAAUUCGAACGUUUCGUCACGCCUGGCGGGACCCUUAGAUCUUGGAGGUGGUAUAUUUUGGUCCGCGAGAGAAACUGGCUCAGGUCUGCAAGAGCUUAGGUGAGUCACCCAGAAGAGGAAGAAAGAAUGCAUGAUGAACUUCUACAAGCAGUAUCCAAGGGGUCAGUGAUGUUCAGGGAUGUGUCCAUAGACUUCUCUCAAGAGGAAUGGGAAUACCUGGACUCUGGUCAGAUGAAUUUAUACAAAGAAGUGAUGUUAGAGAAUUUCAGCAACCUGGUUUCAGUGGGACUUUCCAGUUCUAAGCCAGCUGUGAUCUCCUUAUUGGAACAAGGAAGAGAGCCCUGGCUGGUUGACAGAGAGUUGACUAGAGGCCUAUGUUCAGAUCUAGAAUCAAUGUGUGAGACCAAGAUAUUAUCUCUAAAGAAGAGAUAUUUCAGUCAAGUGAUACUUACCCAUGAAGACAUGACUCGUUUCAUUCAGCCCACAUUUCUUACUCCACCUCAAAAAACUAUGAGUGAAGAGAAACAAUGGGAAUGGAAGAUAUGUGGAAACACCUUUAAUCAGAACUCACAAUUUAUUCAACAUCAGAGAAUUCAUUCGGGUAAAAAACCCUAUGAAUAUAAGGAGUGUGGGAAGUCCUUUAGUUAUGGCUCACUUGUUACUCGACAUGAGAGGAUUCACACUGGUAAAAAACCCUAUGAAUGUAAGGAAUGUGGCAAGGCUUUUAGUUGUAGUUCAUAUUUUUCUCAACAUCAGAGGAUUCACAGUGGUGAGAAACCCUAUGAAUGUAAGGAAUGUGGAAAAGCUUUUAAUUAUUGCUCAAACCUUAAGGAUCAUCAGAGAAUUCACACUGGUGAGAAACCCUAUGAAUGUAAAGUAUGUGGAAAAGCCUUUACUAAAAGUUCACAACUUUUUCUACAUCUGAGAAUUCAUACUGGUGAGAAGCCUUAUGAAUGUAAAGAAUGUGGGAAAGCCUUUACUCAACACUCAAGGCUUAUUCAGCAUCGGAGAAUGCAUACUGGUGAGAAACCUUAUGAAUGUAAGCAGUGUGGGAAGGCCUUUAAUAGUGCCUCAACACUUACUAACCAUCACAGAAUUCAUGCUGGUAAGAAGCUCUAUGAAUGUGAAGAAUGUAGAAAGGCCUUUAUUCAGAGCUCAGAACUUAUUCAACAUCAGAGAAUCCAUACAGAUGAAAAACCAUAUGAAUGUAAUAAAUGUGGGAAGGCCUUUAAUAAAGGCUCAAACCUUACUAGACAUCAGAGAAUUCACACUGGUGAGAAACCCUAUGACUGUAAGGAAUGUGGAAAAGCUUUUGGUAGUCGCUCCGACCUCAUUCGCCAUGAAGGAAUUCAUACUGGUUGAAUGAUAGAAACUAAAGACCCUUUUGUUAACCUUUAUAAUAAGAUUUUUUAAAACAGGUAAUGAGAACAAGUUAGGGUACACAUUAUCAAAGGUUCUCCUAUGUAUUAGUUUUUAAAGGAUACCAUAACAAAGUACCAAGUACCAAAAACUUGGUGGCUUAAAACAAGAGAAAUUUAUUCUCUUACAGCUUGGAGCCUGGGAAUCUAAAAUCAAGGGUGCUGACAGUUUUGGUUCCUUAUGAGGACUCUGAGUGAGGAUCUGUUCUAUGCCUUUCUCCUAACCUGUUAACAGCUGGCAGCCCUUGGCAUCCCUUGGCUUUUACAAAUACCUCAUUCUAAUGUCUGCUUCCAUUUGCACAUUGCAUUCUCCCCGUGUGUCUGUGUGUAUGUCUCUUAUUUGGACAUCAGUCAGAUUAGAUUGGGGUUACCUGGUGAACUCAACUUGAUUACAUCUGUCAAGACUGUAUUUCCAAGUAAGGUCAUAUAUACAGGUACCAGGGCUUAGGACUUCAGCUCCUUUUAGAUGACACAGUUCAACUCAUAAUAGCCUGUUAGCACUAUUUUGUCUAAUAUAUUUAUAAUUUCCUUUUAUAUAUAAGUUGUUAGUCAAAUAUAUAUAUUUUUUAAUUUUGUUUUGAG